AAUACCCUUUAUAAAAAAUGUCAACGAAUACUGUAAAAAUGCUUUAAUAACGUAAUAUUGAUAUAGAAGUAUCAUGUUUUGAAGAUAAAUUACAAAUUUCACCUUCAAAAUAAAAUAAAGAAAAUUCACAUCUAUCAAAAUCUAAAACAUGUGACAUGAGUGAUCUUGUUAGAUUACUACAUAAGGUGGAUAUUCAAAGUACUUAAUAGGGAGGUAGUAUAAUUAUUAAAUCUAUAGACUAAAUUGAAUAGGAAUAAGAUAGUACCCCUAAGAAAUAAAUGUAAUAAGGAAAAACCUGUAGGUAUAUUCCAUUGAGAAGUGGAUAGAAAUAGAGUUUGAAUGAAGAAUUUCAAUAUAGAGAGAUUGAAGAAGAGAAUUAAGAACCAUAAAAAGGUAGUGAUUACAAAGACUAGGGAAAUGUUACACUGAAAGAUAUCUAUAAGAUGCAUGUGUUCGGAUAACCAUUAUAAAGUGAAUAGCUUUAAUGGGAAUCAAAGAAUUUAUUGCAUUUUGCUGACAAUACUCCUUCAAAACGAAAAAUAUUGUCAGACAUAAAUCCAGCUAUUUUGGAAACUUAUUAAAACUUAAUAGAUUAUAGAGAACAAUACUAAAAUAGUUAAGAUUAUUAAUUCAGUUAAAGAAAGAUUAGUAAAGUACCAUUUAAAGUAUUGGAUGCUCCUUAAUUAUAAGAUGAUUUCUAUUUAAAUCUAAUAGAUUGGAGUUCUUAAAAUGUAUUAUCUGUUGCUUUAUCCUCAUGUGUUUAUUUGUGGUCAGCAUAUAACAAUAGAGUAACUAAGUUUUGUGAUUUUGGUAAUAAUGAUAUGGUUUGUUCAUUAAUAUGGAAUCCUUAAGGAAAUUAAUUGGCUAUAGGAACUGGUUCAGGAGAAGUGCAUAUAUAUGAUUAAGAGAAGAUGAAAAGAAUUUAAAUAUUGGAAGGACAUUCUGCAAGAGUUGGAUCUUUGGCUUGGAGUGCAAAUGUAAAUUAAUUAUAAUAAAUUAGACUUUAUGUUCAGGUUCUAAAGAUAGAUCUAUAAUUUUACAUGAUCCAAGAUAAAAAAGACAAACUGGAAAAUUUGAAGGUCAUAAAUAAGAAGUUUGUGGAUUAAAAUGGUCACCAGAUGAAUAUUAAUUGGCUUCAGGAGGAAAUGAUAAUAAAUUAUUUGUUUGGAGAAUGGGCUCAUAAAUACCAUUAGCUAAAUUUAAUUAACAUUAGGCUGCUGUAAAAGCUAUUGCUUGGUCUCCACAUAGACAUGGUUUAUUAUCAUCAGGUGGAGGAACUGCAGAUAGAACUAUUAGAUUUUUCAAUACUCUAACUACUCAAUAAUUAGAUUGGAUUGAUACUGGUUCAUAAGUUUGUAAUUUAAUGUUUAGUAAAAAUGUAAAUGAAUUUGUAUCAACUCAUGGAUAUAGUAUGAAUUAAAUAGUUUGUUGGAAAUAUCCUGCCUUAUAAAAAGUAUUUGAUAUUUAAAUUCUAGGUUACCACUUUAAUGGGUCAUACUUCUAGAGUCCUAUUUUUGGCAAUGUCACCAGAUGGAGAAACUAUAGUGACUGGAGCUGGAGAUGAGACUUUGAGAUUUUGGAAUGCUUUCCCAAGAAAAGAAUAAGCUUAACCAAUCAAUACUGUUUUACUACCUUAGAUGAUAAGAUGA